UCCAAGUUAUUGAACAGAGAUGUUCUCACCAACAAUCCAAAUUUCUCAAUGAUAAGAGGAACCAGAGGGUAUAUGGCGCCUGAGUGGGUUUUCAACCUAGCAGUUACUUCCAAAGUGGAUGUUUAUAGCUAUGGAAUUGUUCUCUUGGAGAUGAUAACUGGAAAGAAUCCGGCAGCAGAUAUUCAAGCAAUUAAUGGAGAAGAACCAUACAAUGGGAGGCUAGUAACAUGGGUGAGAGAGAAAAGGAGAGAAUGUGCAUCUUGGGUGGAGCAAAUCUUGGAUUCUGCAUUAGGGUCAAAUUAUGAUGACAAUAAGAUGGAAAUUCUGGCUAGAGUGGCUUUGGGUUGCAUAGAAGAGGACAAAGAAGAGAGGCCUACCAUGAGCCAAGUCGUUGAAAUGCUUCAAAACCAAGAUUGUGAUCCUAAUGGUGGAGUAUACUAUUAAUCAAAUUAUGCUUAUCAAACACUAGAAGUGGUACUUUCUGAGAGAACAAAGAAAAUGAAAUAACGCAUUUCUUGCCGCUGGUUUUGUCUUGCAACUUAGAUUAUUAUAUGUAAUAUAGCAUGUGCUAUAUUAAUUAUGUUACCAGUAGUUAUGCAUGUAAGUUUUUAAUAAAUUGGUUAUAA